AUGAGCGUUGAGGCAAAGGUGCAAGGGAUUAUCGCCGAGCAACUCGGUGUGGAUGAAAAAGAAGUCACCGAGUCGGCGUCAUUCAUCGAUGAUUUGGGGGCCGAUUCGCUGGACACCGUCGAAUUGGUCAUGGCCUUUGAGGAAGAGUUCGACAUUGAGAUAUCGGACGAGGACGCCGAAGAAAUUACCACCGUGGCCGACGCCAUCCGAUACAUCACCGAGAAAACCUCCGAAAAAGACGUCCUGAACGUGGUGCAAGCUGUCAGCCGGGUCGCCGUCGGAGCGAGCGUCGGGGGCUGA